ACAAUUGACGCAUCAAGUUGGCUUCGAUUUCUUUGGAAUCGAAAAUAUUUUUUUGAAAAACUUAGUUUUUGUGAAAAUUUCAGAAGAUAUUGCCGACAAAUAUGUUUGACAGUUGCUUCAGCUUUGAUAUUCAAAUUUUGUAGAUUUGUGGGGCGAUUUGGAUCCUUAAAUUUAUUAUCUCCUCAUUUCAAUGAUCUCGGAAACUAUUUUGACUCUAAUUGACGACGUGGGGAAAGACAUGGACAAGUUCCUGCAUUGUUUUCGUGACUCAAUAUUUGCCAAGCUUAUUUAUUUUGCAUGGGAUUUAUUCAUUUUACUGCAGAGCUUUCUCGGAAGCUUUCUAUCGAAAAGCCUUAAGACAAAUCAGUUAGAAGUGAACACGGAUGAGAAGACCUCGCGAGCCGUUGCACGUUUAAGGGAGCCCAGAGACUUGUUCGCGCUGCCGAAAGAAAAGGAUCAUGAUUGCCCCCAACAAGCCGCCCGAUGGCCAACUGAAUGUCAGGUACUCGAUGAGCGAGUCUAUCACAUAGAUUCUGUCCCGGAACUGCCGGAACCAUAUUAUCAGCAAACAGGAAGUGAACCUCGUCCCAGGCCGGUUGGAGAGGAGAACGGAAUUGUAGUUUUUAAUUACAAUCCUGUCAGCGCUGUCAACUAUAAAAUUUGUGACGAUGAUUCCGAUGGAAGCGAUUCAGAUUCUUCCUCAUCUGAGACGCACAGCCCCACACCGGAACCACGUGGUAAGGCCGUGGAAAGGUUUAUACGACUCUUCACCCAACAUCGUUCGUCGAGCAAUUCAAAUGAUGAAGAUGCAGACGAAGACGUCUACGUGAAUGGUUUUGAUGAUGAGAAUGAAGAUGUAAACAAUUAUACUAAGCCCAAGAAGUUGUACUCUGAAGUAUUUAAGAUACCGCCUGCAUCAUAUGCGAAGACACAUUCAAUUCUAGAAUCACCCCUAUUUACAUGCAAAUCACAAUCAAAAUCACCACCGAAAGAACUAAAGGCACCAUUGCAAAAUCCACCCCAACCACAGUCACUAGAGAUGAAUGCACAAUGCACAGUAGUUGAUCAAGUAACUGUAGAUGACAAUCAAGAAUCUAAUUGUAGUGUGUCUCCACCAAAACAUAACAAUUCCGAUAGUUUCGAUAGCAAUAACAAUAGUAGCGCACUCAGAGACCAUAGUGAAAAUAAGAAUAAGAAAAAAUUAUCAAAUGUUGCUAACGAAAAUCUUACACAGUUUAGUCGGUCGAGUGUUGGAGGUUCCAAGUUUUUGAUGAACGUCCAUCCGUACAACAACAACAACGAGGAUAGCUACAAUGAUUUGGAAUUCGAAUCACGAUUCGAGUCCGGCAACUUAGCCAAGGCUGUGAAAAUAACCCCCACUUACUAUGAGCUUUACUUGAGGCCUGAUUUAUACACGAAUCGACACAAGCAAUGGUUCUACUUUAGAGUUAGCAAUACCAGGAAGAAUACUACGUACAGAUUCUCCAUAGUAAAUUUAGUGAAACCGGAUAGUCUUCAUAAUGAAGGUAUGCGACCACUUAUGUAUUCAACAAAAGCAGCUACAAAGACAAAUAUAGGAUGGCGACGAUGCGGAGAGAACAUAGCAUAUUAUCGUAACGAUGAUGAGAACUCGGGCGAUGAGGACGACGAGAAUUCCUCCUACACGCUUACAUUCAAUAUACAAUUUCCUUACGACGAAGACAUGGUUUACUUUGCGCACAGCUACCCUUACACGUAUAGCGACUUGCAGGACUACCUCAUGGAAAUACAGAGGCAUCCGGUGAAGUCGAAAUUCUGUAAGCUCAGACUUCUGUGCAGAUCCUUGGCUGGAAACAAUGUUUAUUAUCUAACAGUUACCGCGCCCACUGUUGAAGAGGAUCCAAAUAAAAAAAAGCGUGCAGUCGUCGUCACAGCCCGAGUACACCCUGGGGAGACGCCGUCUUCGUGGAUGAUGAAGGGUCUCAUGGACUUUAUAACAGGUGACUCGAACGUUGCCAAAAGGCUUCGCCACAAAUUCAUCUUCAAACUUAUACCAAUGCUCAAUCCGGACGGAGUUAUUGUGGGAAAUACUCGAUGUUCGUUGACCGGGAAGGACUUAAAUCGUCAAUAUCGGACUGUCAUACGCGAAACGUAUCCGUCGAUUUGGUAUACGAAGGCAAUGCUUAAAAGACUGAUUGAAGAUUGUGGUGUUGCUAUGUACUGUGAUAUGCACGCCCACACCCGAAAGCACAACGUUUUCAUUUACGGAUGUGAAAACAAAAAGUCACCAGAUAAAAAACUAUGCGAGCAAGUUUAUCCUCUGAUGCUGCACAAGAACAUCGCAGAUAAGUUUUCAUUUGAAUGCUGUAAAUUUAAAAUUCAACGAAGUAAGGAAGGAACCGGCCGGAUUGUCAUGUGGAUGCUUGGAAUAACAAAUAGUUACACAAUGGAAGCUUCUUUCGGUGGAUCUUCGCUGGGUUCGCGCAAUGGAACACAUUUCACCACAGCGGAUUACGAGAGCAUUGGGCGAGCAUUUUGUGAAACACUGCACGACUACUGUGACGACAGUCCUGUUAAAGUAAAGAAACGAGAAAGAUUGUUUCGAAUAAUUAAACGUCUUAGAAAACGCGAACGUCGCGAGAGGAAAGCUCAGAAAAUGAAGAAAUUAGCAGAGGAGGAGGAACGACUUCGAAGUAAGAUAGUUGAAAGACUCGUCAAAGAAGGAUCGAGUGCAGAUGAGCCACUUAAUAUUCAGUUAUCCGAUUACUCAAGUGAUGAAGGUGAUACAAGUUCGAGUAGCUCUGAUAAUGAAGGGAAGGCUGAGAAUUGUUCCGACCUGGAAGGGCCAUGUUGCCAACCGUUAAAGGUACCACCUUGUUCUCCAGUUCUAACAAUUAUUCAACGAAAGGAUGAGAAAAAGGUCAAAAAGAAGCAGAAAACUAAAUCCUCAAAUAUCCACAAGCGAAGCAAGAAGCCUCAUAGAACCGUCCUCGAGCUACCCACUACAGAUCCAGGGUCGGAUCUUCAAUUUUCAACGGACGAUGAAAUUUACGUGGAAACGGAUGGUUAUGGAACUAUACCCCGUGCCCAUCGUCACCAUCUCCAAAACGAAAUUCAGCGUAGACUUCAAAACGAAAUACCACAAAGUGAUCAACAAAUGCCUCCAGAAUUGAUUGUUACCCCAGCUAAGCAUAAAUCAAUUGAAUCUUCAUCCCUACGCUUGGAUGAUAGACAAAAACAAUCUCCACCUCCACCAGCUCUCCUUGAAUUUCCACCCAUUGCAGGGACGACUCGUCGCACAAAUUCCUGGCAUAAUUUGAAUAAAUGCGGACAGAAAAUAAGAAUCAACAACACAAACUACAUUGAAACAACCGAAAAUCUCCAAUUUAAACUUUCAUUGAAAAAGCAAAUUUGGACUGGUGUAAUGACCGACGCCUCCACAUACAGCGAGAGGAACGUGCCGCUUUCGUGGGGAGUUCCGCCUAUUUUAAAGAAGAAAUCCUUGCACCUAAUCAAGGAUGACAGCGAAGCGUUGCUCACUGCGUGUUCUCAAAAGUUGGCGGCAUGGCAGCAAAGUGAAUUGAAAAAAUUCCAAGACGAUGAGGAGGUUCCCGAUGAAAACGGUCGUGCCAAAAGCAAAAAUAAAGUCACUAUUAAUUUAGUAGUUCCAGACGUUGCAGAAAGACAUCAAAAGGCUCGGAGAAGUGCAAAUAGUAGCAAUAAAAUGACGCUGAAAGUAGAGCAGUCCGGCUCAAACGAUCCACCGAAGCAUAAGAAGCGGAGGAAUCCUCUUUCAAGGAUAGCAGAAACGACUCAAAUACUAUCCCGGCUGGCAAAAGCGAAAGUAAAGACUCCCUCGAAUCAGAAAAAGUCAUCAUUUUCAAGCAGUAUCGUCACUACGACUGCGAGUGUGUCAAUCAUACCGCCAUUGGCACCUAUCACCAAAACCCAUCAUCAUAACAAAUUCAAAACUGGUGGAAUCGUUGCAACCGCAGUCCAACCCAUGCGAAAGAAGAAAAUCCGUUUAAUGGUAUCUACAGCAAAAAAUCAAGAGAAUCCUGUCACCGAGUCGGAUAUCGACAAGUCGCACAAAAAAGUCAAAACUAAAUCUAAAAGGAAGAAAACUAAAGUCUCAAACUAAUCAAAUUAGAUAAAUAUAAUUGUAAAUGAGAGUUUAGAUUUUCGCUACUGUUUUACGUUGUCAGUUUUCAUUGUUAUAUUUAUUGAAAUUUUGCGGAGUUUAAUUUAUCAUUAACAAUAAGAGAUUCUAGGAAUAAAAGAGAUC